UCACAGCUUCUAGACCAAGAACAUGAGGCUCUAUAGAGAAAGAAGACCAAGUGGCUACCGUACGUCAGAAAUGUUUGAACUGCUUCAAGGGACCGAACCUGAUCAAGACCAUGGUGGCACUCGUCUGUAUUGGAGUGCUCGUCCAACAGGUAGUUACGUGCGUACAGAAGCUGACGUUCAUACCUGUGACCACGCACACCCAUUUCGACUUCAACAAGACCAUAAUAUACCCCAGCGUGACCUUCUGCAGGGAGCCUCCAUACAAGCACCACGAGCUUGAGAAAUAUAAUCUGUACUCUCAUCCUCGUUACACUUCUACCUGGAGAGAGUUCAACUUCUCCCACAUCCCCCUGGACCAGCUCUGGAAGGAGAUCACCUACGAUCAGGAUGAAGUACUUGUACAGUUUGGACUGGACCAACAAAGAGACAAUGUAGUAGUGACAUCAACGCUGGGUUUCGUGACCGGUCGCUGCUACACCCUAACUCCUCGACACCUGGAGAAUUAUGCUGGCAAGGAACGAGGAUACUCUGUGCUGCUGCAACACGCGCCCGAGGAUCUGGGGAACCCCACGAGCGUGCUGCCGCCAGGAUACCAUGUUCAUAUACACUACGGCAAAGAACCAUUCACUGAAGUGAAUGUAUACAAUGGGGGUCUGGUUGACUACGUGUAUAUCAACACUGGAGAGACCUUGGACGUGAAGCUGACCGUCAACGAGUACGUGAUGAUCAGCGAUGACUAUCACCCGUGCACUGAUGACCACAACUACAGCGCCAAUCAAUGUACCAACAGGCAUGUUUGGCAUGAAGUGGGCAAAGACGUUGGAUGUUCAGGUCCUUGGAUGGAGAGCAGCCUACCGUACUGUGACAACUUUGAGGAUAUGAGACUCCUCAUCUCUAGUUAUAUAACGAAACACGAAGAACACCAACAUGAAGGGUGUCCUAGAAUAUGUCGCGCGCUGUUGUACAACGCGUUUGUGACAGACAGACAGAAGGACUACAUCUGGGACAACCAGGCCAAGUUGUGGUCGCCACGAUUGCAGCAGACCAACCUGCAGACACAGAUCUACAUCCACUUUAACAACAUGAUGGUCUCAGUCUUCGAAGAGAAGUACAACUACGAUUGGAAUUUGUUUCUGGCAGAUCUCGGAGGAAGUGUGGGUUUUCUGUUGGGGUUAUCAGUGAUAGGCGUCAUCAACAUCCUGUACAACGUGUGGUGGGAGGUUCUGAAGCCGCUGCUGUGCUGGCGCAGGCACAGGAACUCAUCUGCAGGACUCUCUGACACAACGCUGGAUGCCAAGAGCGAAAGGAAUCAUGUUUACUGAACUAUUUGUAUUAAUUUAUCUGUGCAAUUAUAUUCUGUUGCUUAAAAUUACUACGCUAUCACCUUCAAUGUUUCUAUGCCCGCAAAUGAAUAUAAUGUAAGAUAUGCAGAUGGAGAAUAAAAUUAACCACCAAGUCUACAAUAAAUUAAAUGUACGGCCUAA